AAACUACAGCCUCGUUGUAAACAAACAGAAUAAACAGCAGCUGGAGAAACGUAUGGGAGCCUUUUAAAUCAAUUUAUUAAGACCAGCAUAUCACCACAUUUCAAUCUCUUUAAUUAAUGUGAAUUUAAAAAGAAAAUCCGACUGGACAUGAAUUAUAUAACAGCUCCAAUUAACAGCGUCGGUUCUACUCGGCUUUAACUUCGGCUUCACUCGGUUCUAACUUCAGCUUCACUCGGCUUUAACUUCGGCUUCACUCGGCUUUAACUUCGGCAUCACUCGGCCUUAAUUUCGGCAUCACUCGGCUUUAACGUCGGCUUCACUCGGCUUUAACUUCGGCUUCACUCCGUUCUAAUUUCGGCUUCACUCGGCUUUAACUUCGGCUUCACUCCGUUCUAAUUUCGGCUUCACUCGGCCUUAACUUCGGCUUCACUCGGCUUUAACUUCGGCUUCACUCGGCUUUAACUUCGGCUUCACUCCGUUCUAAUUUCGGCUUCACUCGGCUCUGGCUUCGGCUCGACCUGAACGCGCAAUGCAUUGUGGAUGUUCAUGCGCAGUAUUUGCAUUGAGGGUAGUGCGAACUUGAAAGGCGGCAGCUGUGAGGGUUUAAAACACACCAUGGCACCUGUCACCAGUAUUUUCCUCUGGCUGCUAUUUGUUUUGAAUGUUUCUGAGCAGACUCCGAAAGUAAUCGCUGUCGGGGAAAUAUCCAAUUCUUGCUAUAAACCAGUCAAGUUCAACAGACCUACGUUUGUACGAACAUAUGCUAGACCUCAUGAGUACUUGAACAUCACUGACCUCCCUGCUUCCUGGGAUUGGCGUAACAUUGAUGGGAUAAAUUAUGUGAGUGUGACACGUAAUCAGCAUAUCCCUCAGUACUGUGGCUCCUGCUGGGCCAUGGGCUCCACCAGCGCCCUGGCAGAUCGUAUAAACAUCAAACGGAAAGGGGCGUGGCCAUCAGCUUACCUGUCCGUCCAGAACGUAAUUGACUGUGGAGGGGCAGGGUCUUGUUUUGGAGGUGAUCACCUGGGGGUGUACGCUUACGCACAUGACAAGGGCAUUCCAGAUGAAACCUGCAACAAUUAUCAGGCCAGAAAUCAAAAGUGUGAUCUGUUUAACCAGUGUGGCACCUGCUCAUUCUUCGGGUUCUGUUCUGUUGUGAAGAACUACACUUUGUGGAAAGUAGGAGACUAUGGUGAGGUUUCAGGACGAGACCAAAUGAAAGCUGAGAUCUACAAAAAUGGCCCAAUAAGCUGUGGAAUCAUGGCAACUAAAGGUCUUGAGGCAUAUGAGGGAGGCGUGUUUGCAGAGUUUCACAUCAUCUCACUCAUGAACCACAUCAUAUCUGUAGCUGGCUGGGGAGUCACUGAUGAUGGAACAGAGUACUGGAUAGUCAGGAACUCCUGGGGCGAGUUUUGGGGUGAAGCAGGCUGGGCCCGGAUAGUCACCAGCGCGUAUAAAAAGGGUAAAGGGCACUGGUACAAUCUUGCCAUUGAGAAAGCAUGUGCAUAUGGAGACCCCAUAGUGACCUAAAGGAAGAGGAACUGUUCAGAGCAGCUCUAUCCACAUGUCAAGAGUGUAAUCCAACUGAGAGCAACACUUACUAUAGACCUUAUUAAAGUGUUAUGAAUGGGAUUGUGUUAGUAAUGAAAUUCAUUUUUCGAUGUAAAAUCCAUUAACACUUGCUGUCAUAGAAUUGCAGGGUUUAGAGAGCAUUAUCACAAUACUGUUUAUUCUCUAUGGUUUAUUAUUGCCUACUAAUGGUAAAUUAUUUGCUUUUUAAAAAGAAAACCAUGUGUUUUGUUUAGUUUUAUUUAACGUGUAUUUUACACUUGCAUAUUUUCCUUAAACACUUUUGAUUUAUAAUCUGAUGUCUUGGUUGCUGUUUAAAAAAAAAUUAAGCAAAAGACAAUUAAAUAGAGUAACAGAACUACUACAAACGUUGUACAGUGCCUUGUAUAAGUAUUCACCUCCUUGAACUUUUCUGCAUUCUGUAGCAUUACAACAUGGAAGUGAAGUGGAUUUGACUGGGAUUAUAUGUCAUGAAUCUUCACAAAAUAGCCCAUAAUAUUAAAGUGGUGGGGCAAAUCAAUAGUAUUUAUUAUUUACGACAAUGUUUAAAAACAUUUUUGUAAAUAGUUUUGCACACUAUAUUGGUUUUCACUCCACGUCACGCUGCUAUUUUUGGGGGUAGAUUAAUGACAUUAAAUGUGUUUGUAGGUUGUAACACUGCAAAAUGUAGAAAAGUUCUGUAUUAUUUUAAUAAUUGCAGUGGAUUGGAUUUUAUGAGUGUGAUCACAAUAUUUAUUCAUUUUUAAUGGUUUAUUAUUGUUUUCUUAUAGUAUUGUUGUUUUUCUUUUAAUGAAAAAUAAAAAUUGCACUUUCUUUAACUUUUUUUAAAUGUAUUUUAUAAAUUUUCUCAAACACAAAGUUAUUAUUCUGGUGGCUUUGUUGUUUUUAUAUUUAUAAAAUCCUAGUCUAUAAGCAACACAGCUACUACAAAGAACAUAUUAAUAUUAACACAACAUAUUCAUAUUAACAAUGUAUUUCAUAUUAACACAACGUAUUUCAUAUCAGCACAGCAUAUUCAUAUUAACAACAUGUUUCAUUUUAACACAGCGUAUUUCAUAUUAACAACAUAUUUCAUUUUAACACAACAUUUUUUUUUUAACCCAGAGAAUUAAAUAUAAAGUUGGGGAAUCUAUUCCAUACAUUAUCUUUAUUUUUUAUAUAUGCAAUUAUAUCCAUUUUAUCUUAAAAACGUUAUUGAGGUCUGUCUUUUUGUAAAUAUUGGUGUUUUUUCCUCCAGAUAAGAUCACUUUUUGGAACAUCCAUUGACAUUAAAGUAUAUACUGACCUUAAAGUCCCUUC